GUCCGCAACCUUCAACCACCACUGGACCGUCUGAUGCAUAAUCGAACGGUUCCCGGUUCAUCAGAACAUAUUUACAAGUGCAGUUGUCGGUAGUCAGUACUGAGCAGCCACUUCUCACCUGCAGUCAAAAAUCCUCUUUUGCAGUAAGUCUGCAAGUGCAAGUCAAUGCCACAUUGUCAUCUUGUUGGUUAAAUUGAUAGAUUGAUUCCGUGGCUCAACAUUUUAAAAACAAAAUAGGCUACUAUUUCAAGAUCAUGUGCAUUGGCAUAUGAAUAGCAUGGAGAGUCACCUCAAAGGCUCAGCUGUAGCCUCUCCUUACCAGUGACCUCCAAGCACAAGAAGCAGCUCUGCAAAGCCCUGCCAGUCCCAAACCCAAGAAAGCCAAGAAAGAAGCUCUAGCUCCACCCCCAGCUCAUUCACAUUUCUGCAGCAAACAAGGCCAAGAUCCUGCAAGCAGCAAGCAGAGGAAUUGAAGGAGUAUCAUACAGUUAACAAGAGUAAGUGCACCCUUCACAGAGGUAGGAGAGAUGGAUGGGAGCAAGUACAGAUCAAAGGGCUAUGCAAUGGCCAAUGCCGGCAGGAAGCUCCCCUACGUUUUCCUGCUGCUGGUGGCCCUUGCAGCCGGCGUGCUGAGCAUCGUUGUCCUGCAGAAGGUGAGGGAGCAGCGCGUCUUUGCUGGGCGUCUCCAGGAACGUGACCGGCAGCUUGUCUCCGUUCGGAUCCUUCUCCAGAAAGAGAAGGCAAUUAACAAAGAGAUGAAGAGGAAGGUGGAAGAAAUGAAAGCAACAACAUCUUCACUUAGAACUCAGAAGAUAGACCAGAAAACCAAACUCAAGGGACUGGAAACCACAGUUGCAAAUCUUAAGAAGACUCAAAAAGAUCUGGAAGCAGCUCUCGCAGAAAAAGAUAACCGCAUCAAUCAAAUGGAAGAGGCAGCCACAAAUCUCAAGAAGGCUAGAAAACAACUGGAGGCAACUCUCACGGAGAAAGACAGACACAUCAAACACAUGGAAGAGAAGACCAAAAUUGCUACCAACACUCAAAAAGAGUUGGAAGCAGCUCUCUCGGAGAAAAACAGCCGCAUCAGACAAAUGGAAGAGAAAGCCACAGGUUCAAACGCUGACCAGAUGGCAGCUCUGAUGGAAAUCCUGCAACGGAAGGAGGCCGAACUCGAAGAGAUCAAGACCAGGUUCCAAGAUUUCAAGAAACCAGAAAGAGCUGAGGUGAAUAGCAAGAGCACUCCUAUGCAGAUGAACAAUACAAGCACAACACCAAACGCCGUGCUAGUAACAAAGGCUACGAACUCAAGCAGUGUGGCUCUUCCCAUCAAAUCUGAUGAAAAGAGAUCUGCCAAUUCCACAGCAGUAGGAAAUGCCAAACCUGAAGAAAAGAGAUCUGCCAAUUCCACAGCAGUAGGAAAUGCCAAACCUGAAGAAAAGAGAUCUGCCAAUUCCACAGCAGUAGGAAAUGCCAAACCUGAAGAAAAGAGAUCUGCCAAUUCCACAGCAGUAGGAAUUGCCAAACCUGAAGAAAAGAGAUCUGCCAAUACCACAGUAGCAGAAAGUAAGCGCACAAUACAGAGAUCUUUGGAAGAAAAGCCGGUGAAGUCCACAACUAGUAUGGAAGAUGAUGGCAUACAAGGAAACUUAAAUGAUUUUGAUGACGAUAUAGAUUUUGAUGAUAUUUAUGGAGAAAGUCAUUCAAAAAAAUCUGGAUCUCCUCGGAGGAACAAAAUGGAUGGCAUUGGACAGUCUGAGAACUCCCUAGAUCAGGACAGUGAUAGGGUCCGAUAUAAUAGACUGCUGGAGAAGGAACACAAAACCAAGAAGAACAACGCUCAGGGUACCUUGGAGAAGAUCUCCAAAGAUAACUCAAUUGGUGCCAGCCAUACUGAAUCCAAAAAGGCAGUGGAAGGGAUGACCGGUGCUGCUGGUGUGAAGCCUAACAUUAAGAUAGCAGUAAACAGCGAUGAGGCAAAGCAGCAAAACAGCAAGCAGAAAAGGAAAAGGUCUAAGUCCAAAAACAAGAAGAUGGCCGAUAUUGCAGUUGCUAAUGUUGGUGGUGCAUUCGCUAAACAAAGGACACCGGAUGGCACAUCUGUCUCAAAGUAAGUUUUCAGACUUACAAAAGGUUGAAAAGAGAACCUCUUGGAUUGUUGGAUAAUGGAUAAGAAGAGCAAUUCUUUGGUAUGCUCAGACACAAUGGACAGAAUGAAGGCAGAAUUUCAUUGCAUACGGAAAAUGAAGGCGGGUAGUAGCUGAGAAGAUAAAGGCGUCGACUUUAGGUUAUAGCAGCAGAUGACUUCAUUUCUACAAUACUAUGAUUUGUUUUAUUCUAUAAAGCAAUUUUGAAUUUAGCUGUUCACAAUUUUUUGCAACAGUGUUCUAUUUUCUCUUCUCUUCUCAACAUUGUAAACUCAUGCUGAACACUACAGUAAUGUGAAAUGCAACAGUGAGUCCUGCAAGCAAGUAUA